UCACGACUUCACUUCACUGUUUCCAUGAAGGAAUUUGUGAGCAGGUCGACGUGAACAGAAACGGAGAGUCCUUCUCUACCAACAGCCGCAGACAGGAGGGUUUUAAACGCACAACUCUCAGCACCUCCGAGUGCAGGAAACAGCGCAGAGAGUCGACAGACUGCAACAACCAAUUGCUUCUUGGACUUUUCUUAUUUUGAACCACCGACUGCUGGAAGCUCCCCCCACUGUCACCAUGAGCGCGUGCGGCAGGAAGGCCCUGACAUUGCUGAGCAGUGUCUUUGCAAUCAGCGGCCUGGGGCUGCUUGGAGUGGCAGUCAGUACAGACUACUGGUUGUACCUGGAGGAGGGCGUCAUUAUGCCUCUGAACCAGAGCACUGACAUCAAGACCUCACUGCACUCUGGCCUUUGGAGAGUUUGCUUCCUGGCUGGUGAAGAGUCUGGUCGCUGCUUCACCAUUGCAUACAUCAUGCCCAUGAAUGUCCAGCUGACAUCAGAGUCCACAGUAAAUGUACUCAAGAUGAUCCGCUCAGCCACUCCAUUCCCCCUGGUCAGCCUCUUCUUCAUGUUCAUCGGCUUUGUCCUCAACAAUGUUGGGCACGUUCGGCCUCACCGCACCAUCCUGGCGUUUGUCUCGGGAAUCUUCUUCAUCCUCUCGGGUCUGGCUCUGGUGGUGGGUCUGGUGCUGUACAUCUCCAGUAUAAAUGAUGAAAUGCUGAACAGGACUAAGAGCAGUGAGGCCUAUUUUGCUUAUAAGUACGGUUGGUCCUUUGCCUUCGCUGCGAUCUCCUUCCUGCUCACAGAGAGUGCAGGAGUCAUGUCAGUCUACUUGUUCAUGAAGCGCUACACAGCAGAGGAGAUCUACCAGCCUCAUCACCCCAGUUUCUACCGCCCACGUCUCAGCAACUGCUCCGACCACUCCGGCCAGUUCCUCCACCCAGAGGCCUGGUCACGUGGCCGAAGUCCCUCUGACAUCUCAAGUGAAGCUUCGCUCCAGAUGAGCACCAGCUACCCAGCUCUCCUAAAAUGCCCCGACUAUGAUCAGGUCUCCUCUUCACCCUGCUGAGUCUUCACAACAAAAGCCACCUAAAGGUGACUAAAGAGUCAGUGAAGGAUCACAUAAGGUCAAGUAAGGACUGUUUUCUUUCAAGAAAAAUACACAGUAUAGAUAUUUAACUGUGAGUUUGAUGUUUUUCAGGGGAGGGAAAUGUGCAGUUUUGACUGUGGCCUGAAGGCUUUGGAAAUCUGUCCUUUUGCUAGUGACUGUUGAGUCCAAUGCUGUUUGGGAAUUUGUUGUAGCACAACCUCUGUUUUCAAUAGACGGAAGCAAAGCCUGCAGGAUUUAGUAAAAACAAUAUGGUUAUGGUGUUACUCUUUCUGCAAAAAGUUAAAUACCUUUAGAAGUUUACCUGAAAGGGUAAAGUGUUCUGUGUUAAAUUGUUUGUGCAUUUAACCCUCUAGUGCCUCAUAGCUGUUUCUCUUUUUGUGAAUAUCUUGGAAUCCCCAUUUUGCAAUAAAUAUCUCUUAUGCUUUAAGACAUUUUCCUUCUAGCACAAAAAUCUACAGGAGUUAAAAAAAAAACAAAAAACCUCUCACAUUAGCAAGACUUAAACCUUUCUCCCACAGCAAAGACUGUGAUGCGUGCCAUUAAAGGAUGAUCAUCAGCUUAGCAUGUUGCUGUCCUGGAAGGAAAUGGGAUCAGAAAUUCUCUCAAACCUCCUGAAGUGUCAUUGGUUUUACUUGUUGUUUUGUCUCUAACAUCCUGACUCUGAAGGAAAGAAGACAAAUCCCCCCGAUGGUCAUAACACUGAGACAUGAUGAGAAUGUUACUUUCCCUGUGUUGUCAAAUGAGGACUUUUCCGGUCUCAGCAGAGACCCUAGUAAAUGAGUACAUCCAGACUGGUUUUAUAUAUUUUUUUUAUAUGUACAGCUGUUGGACAUCAUAUGAAUUCAUGGCAAGAGUUGAUGUAAAGAUACCGCAUAUGAAUUUCUGUUGUUCUGCGUGCUGAUGUAGCUACACUGAGAAGAAAUCGUUUGUAAAAUAAAUCUCUGCCAUCGAA